AUGGAAUCCCUCACGACCCAUCCUUCUACCGCGCAGCAGGCCCGGGCCUUCACUUCCCCCGCUUCUCUGUCCUUUCCCGGUGGUGCCGGUGAUUUGACACCUCCGUCUUCUGAAAAAGAAGGAAACAUAACGAUUGGCGCUCAGGGUGCGAAUGGAACUGUGAACGGCCAUCAGCAGGGAGGAAAUGCCGUCAAUGGCAAUGGGGUGACGCCCGCUACUCCCGCUGCAACUCCUGGUGCCAAUGCUCCGGGGAGUGGUAUCGUGCCCACCUUGCAAAACAUUGUUGCUACUGUCAACCUUGACUGCCGCUUGGACCUCAAGACUAUCGCGCUUCAUGCGCGAAAUGCAGAGUACAACCCAAAGCGUUUCGCGGCCGUGAUCAUGCGUAUCCGGGAACCCAAAACUACCGCGCUGAUAUUUGCCUCGGGCAAGAUGGUCGUCACUGGUGCGAAGUCUGAAGACGAUUCCAAGCUCGCAUCCAGAAAGUACGCGCGUAUUAUCCAGAAACUGGGCUUCAAUGCCAAGUUCACCGACUUCAAGAUCCAGAACAUCGUCGGCUCUUGUGACAUCAAGUUCCCUAUCCGCCUGGAGGGUCUGGCUAGUCGCCAUCAUAACUUCAGUUCUUAUGAACCUGAGCUUUUCCCUGGACUUAUCUAUCGUAUGAUGAAGCCAAAGAUCGUCCUCUUGAUCUUCGUCAGUGGAAAGAUUGUUUUGACCGGCGCCAAAGUGCGUGAAGAGAUUUAUCAGGCGUUCGAAUUGAUCUAUCCUGUGCUUUCUGGUACGGUUAUUCUUUUUUUCGGAUUCAAGUCGAACUAUAUGCUAACUAUUCGAUCAGAUUUCCGCAAGGUCUGA